CUUUUCUUUGACUGUCAUCAACAGUUCAACAACACCCUACCCAAGACCCAUUGCCCAAGCAAGAAAGGAACAAACCCAAACUACUCUCUCUCUCUCUCCCAGAGCAGAGAAAAAAGAAAAGGGAAGGUGAAGAUUACGGUGCAUCGAUCGAUCAAUCGCUGUUCUACAGAUGAUGUUAGCGUUGAAGCCCAUCGAUUCCACGACCGGCGAGAGAUUUAUCGCCGGAAAAUCGUGAUCCGAUCGGUAUAAUUUUGAUCGGUGGUUGAUUGGAUUCUGUUGAAGGUGAAGUAUUGAAGGAUCCAGAACUAGGUCUAGGUGAUUUCCUAUAUUCACAAAAUGGCUUCGGUUGGCGUGGUUCCUACAUCUGGAUUGAGAGAAACCAGUGGUAGUAAUGUUGGGGUUGAUAGAUUGCCUGAGGAGAUGAAUGACAUGAAAAUUAGGGAUGAUAAGGAAAUGGAAGCAACCGUGGUUGAUGGAAAUGGGACCGAGACAGGUCAUAUAAUUGUGACAACUAUUGGUGGUAGAAAUGGUCAGCCAAAGCAGACCAUAAGCUAUAUGGCUGAACGUGUUGUUGGGCAUGGUUCAUUUGGAGUUGUGUUCCAGGCCAAAUGCUUAGAGACAGGAGAGACUGUAGCAAUAAAAAAGGUUCUUCAGGACAAAAGGUACAAGAACAGGGAGCUGCAAACCAUGCGUCUUCUAGACCACCCAAAUGUCGUGUGUCUGAAGCACUGUUUUUUCUCAACAACUGAGAAGGAAGAACUUUAUCUUAACCUGGUACUCGAGUAUGUCCCUGAGACUGUUCAUCGUGUGAUUAAACACUACAACAAGAUGAACCAGCGGAUGCCACUGAUAUAUGUGAAACUUUAUAUGUACCAGAUAUGUAGGGCAUUGGCCUAUAUACAUGGUAGCAUUGGCGUCUGCCAUAGGGACAUCAAGCCUCAAAAUCUUUUGGUCAAUCCACAUACUCACCAGUUGAAACUUUGUGACUUUGGAAGUGCGAAAGUUUUGGUAAAAGGGGAACCAAACAUAUCUUAUAUCUGCUCUAGAUAUUAUAGAGCUCCUGAGCUUAUAUUUGGAGCGACAGAAUACACAACCGCCAUUGACAUUUGGUCUGCAGGCUGUGUUUUGGCUGAGCUACUUCUUGGACAGCCUCUCUUUCCUGGUGAGAGUGGAGUUGACCAACUUGUUGAAAUUAUUAAGAUCUUGGGCACCCCAACAAGGGAAGAAAUUAAAUGCAUGAAUCCCAAUUAUACAGAAUUUAAAUUCCCCCAAAUUAAAGCACACCCUUGGCACAAGAUAUUUCAUAAACGCAUGCCCCCAGAGGCCGUUGAUCUUGUCUCAAGACUUCUGCAGUACUCUCCUAACCUACGAUGCACUGCUCUUGAGGCGUUGGUCCAUCCGUUUUUUGAUGAGCUCCGGGACCCAAAUACUCGCCUCCCAAAUGGUCGUUUCCUGCCUCCGCUGUUCAACUUCAAACCUAAUGAACUGAAGGGAGUGCCGGUGGAGAUGUUGUUGAAGUUGGUCCCAGAACAUGCAAGAAAGCAAUGUGCUUUCCUUGGAUUGUGAUUUGGUUCUCAGUAGCAGUCCCCCUAUUUACAAGUAUUCCUCAUCUGACAAUCUCGGAUAUGCUGGAGCGAGUCUGGAGGCCCAAUCUGUAAGAAAUUAAGAUUUAAGAAUCAACUGCAAGAUUUGCUUGCCUCCCCCAUCCACCAAUCACCCACUAUCAAUUUUCUUCAUUUUUUUGUUCUUGUUUGUUUGUAAAAGCAGAUCGACAAGUUUCUUCCGUCAUCCCGAAACGUCAAUGGGUAUGGUGACCCUUGUUUCAAUACCACAACAGAAUGUAACAUUAUAUAAGCUUGAAAGGAUUGAUUUUCUAUGUGUAGGUUAGGUAGGUGAUGGAUUUUCCAUGACGACCCAGAAUGUCUUUCUGGAGUUCUACAUGGAAUUGCUUUCAGAAACCCCCCUGUGAACCAAA